GCGUACCUGGACCCGCUCAACGUGCCGUCAGACGCCCUCCUCUGCCACUUCUGCUCCCAGCCCCUGCGAUUCCUGCUGCAGGUGUACUCGCCAGUGGACAGCGAGCCCUCUGCCUUCCACCGCACGCUCUUCCUCUUCGCCUGCCGCCACCCGCACUGCCUCACCCGCCACCAGCAGGAGCAGCAGCAGGCAGAGGUGGCCGACGGCAGAGCAAGGGAAAGGAGACGAAGUGUGUGUGCACUGCGCACCCAGCUGCCGCGCGCCAACCCCUUCUACGCCUUCACCCCGCCCCCCCCGGAUGCACCUGGGACACCACUCUCCCACCAAGUGCCCAUGUGCGCGUGGUGUGGCACGUGGAGGGGCAGCAAGCGCUGUGGGGGGUGCAGGCAGGUGGCCUACUGCAGCAAGGACCACCAGCAGCGAGGAUACCUUCCGCGUCAGCAGAUGCUGAGUCAGCAGGGGGCGCAGGGAAUGACGUGUCAGCAGCGGACUGGAGAGUGACGGUGCUGGACAGGGGAGGGUGGAAGGAGUGGGAGAUGGUGGUGGAGGAGGAGCCAGAGGAGGGCGAGGAGGGCGAGGAGGGUGAGAACGGAGAGGAGGCAGGGAGAGAGGGGGGGAGUGAAGGGGAAAAGGGGCCUGGGGCGGGGGCCGGGGGGGCGGAGGUGCGGCGGCUAAUGAGGGAGUAUCGGGAGCGCACCAGGGCGGAGGGGCCCAUUGCUGCGAGCGAGCUGGAGGGCUUCGGAGAUGUGAGGCGCUCCUGUGAAGUGGGUGGCGUGGGGGACGGGGUGGCCGUGUGCAUGGGCUGGGCAUGGAGUGGGCAUGGCGUGGGCAUGGAGUGGGCAUGGGGUGGGCUUGCGCAUGGGGUGGGCGCGGGGGCGGAUGCAGAGAAGAAGCAAUGGGCCGCUUUCCAGGCUGUGAUUGCCAAGGCACCUGAUCAAGUGAUCAGAUACUGCCGAUCAGCCACCGCCCGUCCGCUGUGGCCGCAGCUGCAGGGGCAGCCGCCCAGCCAGGCUGCCAUUCCCCCCUGUGGCGGCUGUGGUGCUCCCAGGAUAUUCGAGUUCCAGGUGCUCCCGCAAAUCAUCUACUACAGUGCGCCUGACGCCACUGCUGACUCAGCGCUCGACUUCGCCACACUGGCAGUCUACGUCUGCCCCAACUCCUGCUGCCGCUCUUCACCGCUCAGCACCGCACAGCAGAGCAGUGUCGCUGUUCCAAGAAGUGUGGAUUCAGGAGUUGAAGCAACAGCAGUGGGGGCAAGUGCAGAGGGAAGCAGCAGUGCAGCGGGCAGCAGAGAUGCAGGCAGUGGGGACGUGAAAGGCUGCGAGGGCGAGGAGGAGGAGGGGGAGGGCGGUGCGCUGGGCGCAUGGAUGGCUGGCGGCGCUGCGGCAGCGGCGUCGCUAUCAGCGGCCCACCGCAACCCCGCUCUGGCACUGGAGACCCUCUCCCACUGGGGGCGCGGUGCAGGGGGCGACGGGGGAGGGGGGACCGUGGGGGGCACUCCAGGGUGGGGGGACGGGGGCGAGGAGGGAGAGGAGCGGCUGCUGCGGAGAAGGUGUGUGGGCCGCUUGUCUGUGGCCUAUCCGUUCCUCCUACUUAAACCCUUAAAAACCUCCUCUCGUCUUCCACUUCUAAUUCCUGUGUCUCCCCUCCCCACUCCCUCCCUCCCCAUGUUGCUUUUGCUUUCCCCCUGCCCUCUCCACAUUCGUCCUCCCUCUUUCCUCUCUCCUCUCCCCCUCUCUUCUUAUUAA